AUGGAAGAAUGCAAGCGCACCGAAAUAUUCACUGACCUUCAAUGCAACACCACCUUCCUAUAUCUGAAAUGCUUCAUGGUCCUCAGCCAGUCACAAAAACCCCUUAUUGCUGUUCUGUGUUUCAGCGUGGGUGGGCUCUGCAUCGUAGAGAACUUCUUGGUACUGUUCCUCAUCUUUUCUUCCUCAAAGCUCCGGAAGAAACCUUCUUACAUCCUUCUCAGCAGCUUGGCCUUGGCAGACUCACUGGCGACCGUGACGUUUGUGAGCAGCUUCCUUAACUUCCAUGUUUAUAACAUGAAAAGUGCUUCCAAGGAGAUAUACUUGCUGAAGCUUACUGGAGUCAACACCUCCUUCACAGCUUCCCUUGGCAGCCUGUUCCUGAUGGCAUUUGACAGGUACAUCUGUAUCCUCCGACCCAGCCACUACAAGCGGUUGGUCACCAGAAGAAGAGCUGUGGUGGCUCUGUUAGUGCUGUGGGUGGCUGCCCUCUUCCUAUCCUCCUUGCCUCUUCUGGGAUGGAACUGCUGUACUCUCCAGUCUACCUGCUCCCAGCUGUUUCCGUUUGUGACUAACAGCUACCUCUCAAGCUGGAUUAUCUUGGUGAUGGUCCUCCUGGCUUCCAUCAUUUAUGCAUACAUGCACGUCCUUUGGAAGGCUCACCAACACACCGAGAACAUGAAGAAGCACCAUCUGGAAGAACUCCAACAAAACCCAAAGAGGAGACUUGACAUCAAGCUGGCCAAGACUCUAUCAAUUGUCCUGAUGGUUCUGGCGAUAUGUUGGUUACCGGGCUUGUUACUCAUGGCCUACAGCCUCUUUUCAGUCAUGGACAAGUUUACCAGGGUAGCCUUUGCCUUUUGCAUCACCCUCUGCCUGGUGAACUCAAUGGUGAACCCAGCUAUCUACGCCCUACGGAGCAAGGAGCUAAGCUCUUCCCUCAGGAGAAUCUGCUGCUCUUGUUUGGGGAGGGUGUUGGGCAAUUCAGAGACUAACCAGGAAGCAGAAAGCUCUUAA